CAGAGUUGUAAGGCGUAUUAUUGCACCACCACAAGCCAGGCGAUAACUGGUUGCAGUGAAUUGUGAAAUAUUUUGAACUAUAUAACUUCUUGCUCUUUCCCCAAACUUCAGUUGCCCAUACUGGGAGAACUUGACUAUUUAUUUUAUUGUGUUUCUUUUGUUUGCACCUUGAAGUCACAGUUAUUUUUCAACUUGUAUUUCAAGCUCUAGUCUAAGUCUAAACUCAAACUGUUGAACAGAAAACAAGCAAUAAUUCUUGUUGAAAAGUAUUAUUGUAUGAACAAUUAUCUAGACAGGAGAUCAGAAAGAGGUUGUGUUUUACAAGUAAUGACUGAAAAACCUUGCAAAUUUUACAUCAGUGGUAAAAAAUGCAAGUUUGGUAAACAUUGUCGAUUCGUUCAUUCGCAAGUGUUUAAUUCCAAUUUUACAAAUUCGCUAAAUUCAGAUAAAAAUGAAAUUUUAAAUACAGCAACCGAUUCAAGUAAUCUUUUACCAGGCCCGUUUUUUAAUCUGUCUGCAAAUUCAGCACAAUCUAACCAAGAUGGAGCAGUAAACUACUACUACGACAAUCAAAUCACGGGAGAGAUUCCAGAAUCUUCUCAAACAGAUAUCUGUGAUUUCUAUGUUAAAAAAGGUUAUUGUGGCUAUGGCACUAAUUGUCGAUAUUACCAUCCAGAAUCAAGAGAUCCCAAGACAGAUGGAAAGGAGCAAAGGAGAGUGAAAGCCGAGGCUGCCAAGGAGAACAAAUCUAAGAAGAAUACAAUUAUAGCUUCUGGUGAUGGUUUAAUUGAUCAGGAUGGGACCCCAAAGGAUGGAAAAAGUGAGAAACAAAUAUGUACUUUUUUUGCCAAGUAUGGUCAUUGCAAAUUUGGAAAAAGUUGCAAGUACUUGCACUUUUAUGUUCAGAAGAAGAAAGCUAUAGAAGAGGCUGAACCUAGGCCUACGACCAAAAAUGAAGACACAGAAGCAAGGGAAGAUAGAAUUACGACCAAAAAUGAAGACACAGAAGCAAGGGAAGAUAGAAUUAAGCCCUCUGUCACUAGGAAAAGAAUAUGUCCUUAUUUCACUUCUGGGUAUUGUAGAUGGGGACAUCGCUGCAGGUUAUUUCAUCCAAAAGACUUGAUGGAAAAUGUUGAGGAUCCAGUGGAUGGGAUAAGCUUAAAUGAUGUACACAACUCAAUCAGUAAUACUAAUACUGUUGGUGUGGAUGAGAAGAAGAUGGAAGCUGUACCAACUACUAAUCCAAAGGUCAGCAAAGUUUCAAGAUCACAGCGCCUUCCUGUUCUACCAGUUAAGAGAGUUUUACUUCCAAAGAGAUCAGCUGCAUCCCAAGAGGAAUUGAAUGGUAUGAGAAAGACAGAGAUAGAGCAGAUGAAGAAGAGAUUUCCGAAUGAUAAACUGACUAUUGUUGAAGAGAAUUACAAAAAAUUUGUUGCCAGUUUUUGCUUUACUCCUAGUGAUCCUGAUUGGCCUUUUGAUGUGAAAAAUUUUGUUUUAAUGGUGAGCAUUACAGAAGAAUAUCCAAAAGAGAUCCUUUUGGUUAAUAUGCCAACUGAACAAGAUAUGCCUGAAACUGUUCGAAGAUAUGUACAAGAAAGUAUUUGCGAUUGGUUGAGUGAGAAAUCAGAUACCCUUGAAAAAACUGAUAAAUUAGAGCUUUUGUUUCGACCUCUCUUGCAUUGGCUGGACAAAAAUCUAGAGAGUGUAGUGACAAAUGGAUUACGUCAGUUUAAAAAGGAACUGGUUGCCAAGGCUGCAGGGUUUGAAUUCAUACCUGCUUCUCAGCUUCAGUCUAAUGUUAAACAUGCUACUCCUGAUUCAGCUGAUGAUGAGAAUGACUCUGAUGUUAUUAACAGCCAGGAUGACACAGAUGAGGAUGAAAAUGAAAGUAGUGAGGAUGAAGAUAAAGAAACUAAACAAACAUUUGCUGACGUUGAAAGAAAAGGAACAGAGGUGUCCUUCAAGAAUCUUCAAUUAAAGGAACAGAGUGGGACCCUUAUCUUCGAGAAAAUAAAUCUAUCUAUCCAAUGUAUCCGAUGCAAAACAAAGUCUGAGUUUAGCACACCUUGCAACCGUAUCAAUUCACUUGACUGUACAAAAUGUAAUACUACACAGAUAGCUCGUUAUCGACCAGCUAUAGCUCAUCAAUACUCUUCAGUUAUUGGUUAUCUUGAUCUAAACAACUGUACACCAUUUGAUCUAAUUCUUCCAGAGUCUUCACCUGUUGUUAGUUGUAUGAACUGCAACAAUACAACUAAAAUAUCAGCCUUUUGUAGUGGUCAAGUUCAUGAUAUUAACUGUAGAUCUUGCCAUGAGAAGUUGCGCAUAGCUGUGGAUGCUGUAAGAUUUUUUGAAUUACAGCAAGCAGAAAUUGAGACUCCAAAUUCUGGUCAAAUACACAAAGUUGGUGUGAAGAAAGCAAAUCGUAUAAUCAAAAAUCCAGCUAUACAAGAAGGUAAACCACUACCUGCAAAUGGAGCUUGUAAACAUUAUAAAAAAAGUUACAGAUGGCUCAGAUUUCCAUGUUGUGGAAAGACCUAUCCAUGUGAUAUAUGUCACAAUGAGAAUGAAAUUGAUCAUGAGAUGAAGUAUGCUAAUAGAAUGAUUUGUGGUUAUUGUUGUACAGAACAGAUAUAUUCUGUGGAGAAGCCUUGUAAAGGUUGUACUCAACUGAUGACAAAGAGCGCUGGCUGUCAUUGGGAAGGUGGACAAGGCUGUCGUGAUAAAAUAAAGAUGAACAGAGGAGAUGCCCAGAAAUAUAGCAACAUGGGAAAAACUAUAUCUAAACAUGCCCAGAAAGUUAAAGAUAUGAAUAGUAAAAAGAAGACUAAACUGAGACAUACAUAGAGCUGUCUCUUUAGUUUUGAAAUUUAUUAGGCCACACAACUUAUUUUAUUUGUGUUGCCUUAGAUUUUCAUGUAAAAAAAAAAAAAGAACUUUGAUAUAUAUUACUGUUUGCAUGAAUAAUAAAUUGUAUUUUUCACUAAA